AGGUACCUGAAGUGGGGGUAUCCCAGAUUCCCCCUAGCGUGUUCCUCUCCAGGAUGGCAGAGGAUGAGCCGCGGCAGGGGGGCGACCCCCAGGGUGAUCCCCCUUGCUCAGGGGUGCUGGAGGUUGGGGGGUUCCCCCCCAGUAUGGAACUGGAGUUACUGGUUUUGUACUUCGAGAGCCGGCGGUGCUCAGGGGGAGGCCCGGUGCAGGACUGGCAGCGCCAUGGUCCCCACCUCACCAUCACCUUCCAGGACCCACGCGACGCCCAGCGAGUGCUGGCUCGGAGUCCCCACCGGCUGGAGGGGACCGAGCUACGAGUGGCACCGGCCCCCCCCUGGGACUUCUCCCGGCUGCUGCUGGGGGGCCUGAACUCGGCGACGCCCCCGGAGCUGCUGGAACCCCACCUGAGGACCCUCUUGGGCCGCCCCCCAGGAACCUUCACCCUGAGUCGGGGUCCUGCGGGCUGGGGACUGCUGAGCCUGCGCGACCCCCUCACCCCUCAAGAGCUGGCAGUGGUGGAGCAGCGGGCACAGUGCUGGGGGCCAGCAGGGGCCAAGGUCCAGCUGCAGCGGGUGCCACGCACCCCUCAGGUGCUGGUACGGACCACGGUGCCAGGACUGAGCCAUGACCUCCUGGAGCUCUACUUUGAGAACCGGCGCAGUGGCGGUGGCAGCGUCCGUGGUGUGCAGGUGCUGCCAGGCGGGCAGGCUGCCAUCGUCACCUUCCAGCAGCUUGAUGUGGCAGAGCGGGUGCUGGAGCGGCAGCACCAGCUGCAAGGCAUGGUGCUAAGUGUGGAGCCCCACUACUCCUUCCUGGGGGCACCAGAGGGGGACGAGAUCCCUGUGCCAGGGGAGACCCCAUCCUUGGGCACAGCAAAUCCCCCAGGCACCAGCACCUCACCAGACAGAGGCCCUCCAGUUCCUGGCAAGCUGGAGCCAACAGAACCAGCAGUGUUGAGCCCGAUGCCAGGGGAGCUGCCAGACACCAUCGCUGGGAGUCACAAGGACACAGAGGGGGAUGAGGCCGUGGCCAGGCGGUGGCAGUGCCCGGAACAGGCAGCAACAGUGUUGGCAUUGGCACAGGAUGAAGCGUUGGUGUCGUCUCAGGAUGCGGUGCUGGUGCCACCAGCGUUGGCACGGGACGAAAUGCUGGAGUUGGCAGCUUUGGCACAGGACGAGGCACUGGUGGCAGCGGAGCCAGGUGCAGUGCGGUACCUUCAGUGCCACUACCAGGAUCUCCUGGGCAGCAUCCCUGAGGUCUCCCUGGUGCCACUGGAGGGAGGUGAUGUCGCUGGGUUCCGGGUGAGCGGGCAACCAGAUCAGUGCCAGGCAGCUGCCGAGUUCCUGCAGAGCCUGCUGGGCACUGUGGGCUCACAGCCAGUGCCACUGCGAUUCCCUGGCAUUGCCCGCUUCCUGCGGGACCAGAGUGGGCACAGCCUCCUGCGCCAGCUUGAGAGCCACUUCCAGUGCGUCAUCGAUGUGGACAGUGCCACCUGGAGCCCCCCGGACCCUCAGCUGGAGCUGACAGACCUGCUCCCUGCAAGCUGCCACAGGGAUGCCCAGCACUGGCCUGGUGAUGCAUCCAACAUUGAGGAGAUCAAGGAGCUGCUGGCAGCACUGCGCCCUGGUGAUGCCACUGAUGAUGCCACUGAUGAAUUCACUGACAAUGCCACUGACGAUGCUCCAUGGGCUGGUACCGAGCAGGAUGCCAGUGCAGAGCCCCUGGCUGUGGGUAGUGGGGAUGGUGCCAGGGAGCUGCAGUGGGGCACGGGUGAUGCCAGGCUGGCAGAGGAGGAGGCGCAGAUGGUGCUGGCGAUCCAGCGCUCCAUGGACAGCUCGCAGGAGGAGAUGGCAGAGCUGGCACGUGCCACUGCUCUCUCCCUCCGCUCCUUUCAACGUGAGCAGCUGGCAUUGCCCAGUGAGGAAGAGGAGGAGGAGGAUGAUGACAGCAGGCUCCGCGCUGCGCUGGAGGCCUCGCUGGAGGAGGCAGUGCCAGCGGCAGACAUGGCACAGGUCACCAUCUUCUGCUCCUUUGAGCGGGACGUGUCGGCGCUGCCACGGGCACUGGAGCAGGCACUGGAGGGGCAGCUGCAGGCACAGGUGGUGGUGAGUGAGAAGCUGCAGGUACUGCCAGCCUCCUGCCUGGCCCUCCUGCAGCGCCGGCAUGCUGUGAGCCUCCAGCUGUGCAAUGGCACUGCCACGCUGCGUGGCUUUGCCGAAUACACUGCAGCUGCUGCCCGCGACCUCCGGGCCCUGCUCAGGCGACUGCCACAGCCAGAGCCAAGGCUGCGCGAUGUUGGCACCACCACAGCACGCUGGGUGCGAUGGGACCCCUCUGGCACGGCCAUCCCCUACCCUGCCGAGGCUGCGGAGCAGCUGGAGUGUGCCUGGCAGUGCCAGCAGCGACGGCUGGACCUGGUGCUGGCCGGGCGACCCCUCACCAUCGACCUGCAGCGGAUGGAGGAGUUCGACAUUGGCAGUGCCCGUGCCAUCGCCAUCUCCCGCAGCCAGCCCCCUGCCCACAGCGACCGACGCCUGCUCGCAGGGCUGGAGGUGCCAGGGCUGGAAGAGGAGGAGGUGCGGCUGCUGUCACUGCCUGAGGGCUCAGAGGAGUUUGCUGCCACCGUGUGCCAGUUCUACCAGAGCCUGGAGGAGCAGCAUGGCAGGAUCAGCAUUGUCAGGGUACAGAAGCUGAUCCACCCUGUGCUGUACCAGCAGUACCAGCUGAAGAAGGGCAGUGUGGCACGGGAGUGUGCCCCUGGCACCACGGUGGAGCGAGUGCUGUUCCAUGGUACCACCGAGGGCUGCAGCCGUGAGAUUUGCCUGCACGGCUUCAACCGCAGCUUCUGCGGCAGGAACGGUACGCUGUAUGGCCUUGGCGUGUACUUCGCGGUGUCGGCAGCGCUGUCAGCCCGGGACCGGUUCUCCCCUCCCAGCCCUGAUGGCUCCAAGUUCAUCUUCGUGGCCCAGGUGCUGACUGGGGACUAUGUAAAGGGGUCCCCGGGUCUCCGUGCCCCCCCACUGCGGGCACAGCCUGGCAACUGCCCGCCCCGGCGCUACCACAGCGUGGUGAACAGCUCCCAGCACCCCUCCAUCUUCGUCAUCUUCAACGACACCCAGGCCUACCCCCAGUACCUCAUCACCUGCCGCCGGCAGGGGGGGGCCACCACGACCCCCACUGGCCCCCCCUGACCCUCCCAGGACACCCCUGAACCCAGUGCCUCCAGUCCCACUGCACCAGCUCCUGCCCAGGGGCAGGAUUUGGGCAUCCCAGAACAGUUCCAAGGGUCAGGGUCUGCGGAGGGGUGCCCACCUAGGGGUCACUCCUGCCUGCCCUGACCCGUUCCUCCAGCCCCUGCACCAGGGAAGGGCUCAAGGGGUCCCUGGGAGUUCUCAAGGUCUGGGGGGGUCCCUGCCCCAGGGCAGAU